AUGAGGUCGGGCUCCUCUAAGCCCUACAGCGUCGAACAGGAGCCGCUCACCGGAGGACUUGAUCUCCCGUAUCCUCGUCCUCGCAGCCAACGUCGGCCCUCAUUCCGUAACAUGGUCAAGGUAGGAGUAUUUGUGUUUGCUGCCUUGUACGCCGUCAGCGUUUGCUGGCCCGUUCAGGCUGAAAGCAAGUCGACGGAGCAGCGUCACACCGUAUCGACAACGAGCGCAUCCUCGGCAUUCACGGUGUCAAAGGCAUUCCCCACCGGCGACUUUUCGAAGAUGGACUUUAUGCCCAAGAGCCAAGAGGCUGAGCCACGCCCUCAGAUUACGCGUGUCGGCGGUGGUGUGUUCGACGAUGCCCUCGUGAACCCGACCAAGCUGCCUUCUGGAAACCCCACCUCGGAGGGCUUCCUGCCAAAGCCAUCCGCAAGUCUCCAGUCACUUGCUUCGAGCAAGACGUUCAAGCAGGAUGCCAUGAAGAACUUGACCGACAUUCUGAACAACAACCGGACGAGCAAGUGUGACCGCUGCCGCAUGGCCUUGCGCGCUGGCCAGAAGGUGGCUCAGGCUAACCCGUCUGUCGUGCCAGAAAUCCUGCAGGAACUGUGCAAGACGUUCAAGUAUGCGAGCAAGCCUUCGGUCAAGACGGCCUGUGAGCGCACGUACGCCGCUGAGCAGCUCGGUGGUGUGUUCACUCAGGUGCUGAGCUAUGGCAACUUUACGGAGGGAUCGUCGUCGCCUGACUACCUGUGUGCAACCUACAUCAAGGGUGGUUCGUGCCCCUUCCCUGAGAUGAAGACACUCUCGCAGGAGUUUCUGUCGGGCUGGUUUGGUGGCUCAUUGACGCCGCCGGAGCGUGUCUUACAGCGCUCGAAGAAGACAGGACCUAAGCGCGACACGCCUCUGCGCGUAUUCCACGGCUCUGACUUCCAUGUGGAUCCCCGCUACCUCGUCAACUCGGAAGCUGGCUGUGACAAUGGCCAAUGCUGCCGAGCUGACAGCUACAACUCAACGCUGUGGAAGAAGCCAGAAUUUGCACCCGGCGAGCUUCCGAUGAAGAACAUUUCGCACCCUGCCAACUACUGGGGUAGCUACACGUGUGACUCGCCGUGGUCGCUAAUUGAAGCGGCGAUGCAGGGCUUGACGGCUAUCAACGACGAGGCGCGCAUUGACUUUGGUCUUUACACGGGUGACUUGACCACGCACGAUGAAGCUUGGCACAUCUCGCAGGACCUUGUCAAGUACUCGGAGCAAUCGCUCUUUGACCUCUUUCACAAGCAUGCACCAAACGCCACGAUGAUUGUCGCACUCGGAAACCACGACUCGGCGCCUUCUGAUGUGGCGGCUCCCUCGAAUUUGCCUGAUGGUCUCGCCGACCAGCUUAGCUGGGACUGGGACAAUGUUGCCGCUCUCGUCAAGUCGGAGGGCUGGGGUGACAAUGUGACGUCUGAAAAGAUUCGCACACACUAUGGUGGCUACUCGAUCUCGCCUCGUCAGGGCCUGCGUGUGAUCUCGCUCAACACGGAUAUGUGGUACAGGAACAACCCAUUCUCGUACCUGAACAUUGACAAUCCAGACCCAAGCCACAUGCUCCGCUGGCUCACCGACGAGCUGCAGGCUGCCGAGGACAACAACGAGCGUGCUUGGAUUGUGGGCCACGUCCUCCCUGGAUGGGACGGCGGUGACAGUAUUGACAACCCGACCAACCUGCUUUACCACAUCGUGUCGCGCUUCAGUCACACGAUUGCCCACUCGUUCUUUGGCCACAAGCAUGAGGAUAUGUUCCACGUUUGGUACGAAUCUCAGAGCGGUAACUCGAGCUCGGUCAGCCGCAAGACGCAGAAUGCGCGUGCCAUGGCCUUUAUCGGCCCUUCGAUCACGCCGCUCCACAACGUGAACCCGUCGCUCCGUGUCUACCACGUCGACCCUGAGACCUACGAGGUCAUGGACUACUCGCAGUACUACACGCAGCUGUACAACUUUGAGAAGCUCAACAAGACCGGUCCUGUUUGGGAGCUGCUGUACAAGGCUCGCGACACGUAUUCCAACUUCUCGAUGAGUGAGAAGCAAGGCAAGUACACUGCGCCUGUCAGGCUUGAGAAUGGCACGUGGCCUAAGAGCGCGCCUCUGAACGCUUCAUUCUGGGCCGCUUUGACGGAUGAGAUGGAGGUCCGCCCUGAACUCAUUCAGCUGCACCAGCUGUACCAGGGCCGUAACAGCCCCAAGUCCCCCGCCUGUGACACGAAGGAGUGCUACGAGGCCAAGUUGUGCUAUAUGCGCAGCGCCUCUUCGAACCUCGGUCGUCACUGCCCCUCUGGUUUCGGCUCCGUGCAGAGUUUCUAA